CAACUCAACGCGUCUCAUCUGGUGAGCCACAUAACUUUGACGCGGAUGACCCCUCUAUCCUGGACACACAACACCCUGAUGCUAAGCCAUGACUCGCUGAUUUCCACCAUUCAAAAAGGCUAAAAAGGAUGUGUUCAUAAGAUAGAUAUCUUGUCACAGUCACCGUCAGCGUGUCUCGGCCUUUGGUCGCGUCGCGAUCCCCGUUCCGUGACGGCAACAGCAUUGCACAAGGAGAAGCAGCUUGAUAUGGCCAUGCACUGGAUCUGACCAAGCACCAGCGCUGCCUGUCAAGAUGGCUGCCAUCACACCAUACACUUACAUCCAAUGUCCUUGUUCGGAUCCAGCCAACGUCUCUCGUCACAACCACAACGACCCUACCACGCCCCUCCAGACCGAAACCGAUGAUGACGAGCGUGCUUUUGAUCCAAGAGCUCCUCGCGCCAACUACAGCCUUUACCCUCUCGAGUACCUCCUCUACUGCGAGGACUGCCACCAGAUCCGCUGUCCGAGGUGUAUAGCUGAGGAGAUCGUCACCUACUACUGCCCAAACUGCCUCUUCGAGGUACCCGGCAGCAACAUCAAGAGCGACGGGAACAGGUGUACGCGCAGCUGUUUCCAAUGUCCCGUCUGUGUCGGGCCACUCGCCGUCACUGCCACCGACCCUCCACCUCCAUCGGCAUCUGACCCGCAUGCUGAGACAGCACAAUCUUCCGCCCAGCCCUCUUACAUCCUCACAUGCUCAUACUGUCAGUGGACAUCCACCGAGAUCGGCGUCAGGUUUGACAAGCCCAACGGCAUCUAUGCCCAGCUGCAAAAAAUCCGGAACGGUGGCAGGACGAGGCUCACCCCCAGGGAGCGCAAGGACAGGCGCAAAGAUGGAACUCCCGGCAGUUCCUCCCCGGAACACCGCGACGUCGAGACCCAGUUUGGCAGCCUGAAAUCUUUCUACCAGUCGCAGCUGGCCGACGCCUCCUCCACUGGCCCAUCCGGACUAUCUUCACUGGGUGAUCUGGGCAUUGGCUCUCCGGGCUCCCUAUCGCGGAUCAUGAGCUUGUACACCGGGACUGGCCUUCUCGGCGACAAGAAGGGAGCCAAAUCCCGCUCUCAUUUAAUGCGAGAAUCACUCGAGCCCGACGAGGGGCUGCAGGUAGCAGACCUCGACGAGACAGCGUCCAUCGAGCGCCUCCACCAAUCUGGCUGGGACGGGACCGCCUCUCUCGAUCAAGCCGCCGCCCAGCUACCGGUCAACGUUUGCGAGCCCGUAAUGCACGGCCGGUCAAAAUUUCUCGACGAGCUCCGACCCAUCCCCUACCUCCUGCGCACCAAACGAUCUAAGAGAUGUCCCGUCUGCCGCCAUAUUGUGAGCAAGCCCGAAGCCAAGGUCAGCAACACGCGGUUUCGCAUACGGCUUGUGGCGGGGAGCUACAUUCCCACCAUCUCCAUGCGGCCCCUGCAAGCCACGUCUCUCUCACAGACAAUAUCGGGAGCACCCUCGGGUGCUUCUAUCAGCGCCGCUGGCCCCGCGGCUCUUCUGGCACCGCUCCGACCCGUGCAGUUCCUCCUAACCUUCAAGAACCCCAUCUUCGAGGCCGUCAAGGUUACACUGGCGACGCCCUCGGUCACGCCGGGCCGCUUCGCCAGCAAGGUCACCAUCUUGUGCCCUGAGUUCGAAAUCGACGCCAACACGGACGUAUGGGACGAGGCUCUCAAGGACGGCGACAAGGACAGGCGGCGGCGCGGCGGCAUAGAGGACGCCGCGGGCCAGCAGCACCAGGCGGAGCCCGGCAAGGUAUGGGAGCGAGGUCGGAACUGGGUGACCAUCGUGGUCGAGGUGGUGCCGGCGUCGCUGAGGUUGGAAAAGACCAACUUUUCGAUCCUCGCCAGGGAUGCCAAGGGAGCCAUGGACCUGCGCCCACUGAGGGAGGACGAGGACAUCCUGGAGAUACCCAUGUAUGUGCGUCUUGAGUGGGAGACGGACGAUGCUGCACAGGAUGGGGCGCCGGCCAAGGACAACAAGGAUGGCAGGGAGAAGAGAGAGUUGGCAUACUGGUGCGCACUAGGCAUAGGCCGGAUCAAGCAGGAUUGAUUAACAGCUGCAAAAAAAGAGAAAAGGGAAUUUACUGUACGUAGAUGCAUCAAGAUGUUGACCAAGAAGAUACCCCCGGAGAAUUCAUAACUAGAGC